AUGGGGAUAUUCACCGUUCCUGAGCUGAACACCCGCCUGGGUACUUGGCGUGCCUAUCAUUUGGCGGCUAUUGUCUUUAUCUCUUCCUUCCUAUCUGGUUAUGAUGGUGGAAUCUCUGGCGGCAUUCUGACCAUGACUUCAUUUCAAAAAGACUUCGGCUUUACGUCAGCCCAUAAGUCGAAAGUGUCUUCGCUCACAGUUGGCUUAGAGCAAUUGGGGUCAUUCAUCGGUGCCGCUAUAGUCUACCCAAUAACUAACAAGUAUGGGCGGAAGUAUGUGAUCAUCGGCUCAACUGCACUCUUCAUUAUCGGUGUUAUCAUUCAAGUCAUCAACACUCGCUCGCUUGGAGCCUGGUACGUUGGCCGGAUAGUUGCUGGUCUGGGUAUGGGAGGACAAAGUGUUGUCAUUCCAAUGUACAGCGCAGAAAUGACACCGAAGGAGAUUCGUGGUCGAUGUGGCUCUUUCUAUCAGUGGCUCUAUGCCUGGGGAGUAUUCGUCGCUUACUGGGUCGAUUAUGGCGUUGGCAAAAAUUCUUCAAUCGUUGGUCACUCACGCGAAUGGCAAAUCCCCGUGGGUCUACAGCUAGUCUCCGGUGGCAUUCUUUUGCUAGGUACUUUGACUCUACCUGAGUCUAUCCGUUGGUUAUUGAGCGAGAACCGUACUGAUGAUGCCUGGAAAUCGAUCGUCUGGAUUCGAGGAGGAGACAACCAGAAAACCCACGAUGAAUUCACUGAGACUCAAGUUGGCCUCCAGGCUGAACGUGCCGAGCGCGAGGGCUUCUCUCUCCGCGAGCUUCUCGAGCCAGCCAAUCGUCUAAGAUUCCUCGUUGGUCCUUCACUCUUCGUCUUCCAAAACGCAACAGGAAGCAGUGCCCUGGCAGUAUUCGCGCCACAAUACUUCAAGUUGAUUGCCGGUAGCGCCUCAGACCGAGACAUGCUCUUGACAGGUCUUUUCGGUGCCGUUAAGGUUGUUGCUAGUACUAUCUUUAUCUUUUUCUUGGCUGAGAGGCUGACUCGUCGGACAACACUGGUUGGAGGCUCGAUAACUAUGGCUAUUUGCAUGCUUAUAACGGCAUUGAUUGUGGACUUUGUUCCCACACAGUCCAGUACAAAUGUCACAGCUGCUGGAAGGGCGACUGUUGCAAUGAUUUACCUUGACAUCAUGAUCUACAACUGUUCUUGGGGUCCGAUGCCCUGGGCUUACGUCCCAGAGAUUUUCCCGACACGCAUCAGGGCUAUUGGGCUAGCCGUUAGUAUGCUUGCUCAUUGGGCAACUUCAUUUUGCUUCUCAUUCGCUAGCCCCUACAUGGUCCAAAAUGUGGGUGCCAACACUUUUCUCAUAUUCAUGGGAUUUGAUGUUGUGUCCGCUGUCUUCUGUUGGUUCUUCGUGAAAGAAACACGAGGUAAAAACCUGGAGCUUGCCGCUGGUACUGAAUGGGAAACGGUUGAACGUGAUAUCUUGGCCGAUGGAGAGAAGGGUGUGCUUGGACAGGAUGGAAAGAAGGUACAACUUGUCAAUGUUCAUGAAAAUUUCCACACCAACCUGAAGCAUAGAUCAUGA